CUCUCUCUCUCUCUCUCAUAGAAUUUGAUAGUUUUGUGAGGAAACUAUUUCAUAUCCACAAGCUUCCAAACAAAGAGAAUUAAUGGAAAGUGAGAUUUGCAAGGUUUAUUCUCUGAUGAUAUGUGUCUAGGAUGAAACAGAAAACCAAAAAAUCUUUUUAUUAUCUGCAGAGAAAGCAGGCCGUUAAUGGGUGUCUCUCCCUUUUUAGAUUCCACAAUUCCAAAACAUUCUUCCUAUGGCCCCCCCACCCCCUGUAACCAAUCUCUCCUCCUCUUCCUCCUCUUCUCGAUAUUAUAAAAACCCACCCUUGCAGAUUCAAAAAAGACUUUGUUCCUUCAAUCCAUGGCUCUAGAAUUAUCAUUUGAGAUCAAUUGCAUCAUCAUCAUCAUCAUCAAAUCCUACAAAUAUUCGUACAAAAGGCGGUUCGGGUUUCCGGGUUCUCGGAUAUGACCAUGGUUCCUGCUGAAAACCUAUCGAAACAACAACAUCUUCAUCAUCAUCAUCAUCAUCAUCAUCAAUAUCUUGUUUACAGCAACAACAACAACAACAAAGGCGUGGUUUAUCCAGGCGGCUGCGGAGACGAUAACUAUUCGGAGUAUUUCGGUGGUCUUAUGAGUAGAAUAGAAAUACAAGGGCAUGACUACUACUGUACUAGUACUCAAACAACUGAUCAAUCUAAUUGCUUCUUAGGAUCUGAUCUUGGACUGGUUGGUCCACCAAUGGCUGAAGAUGAAUCGAGGACUAAUAGUCUCAACGAAUCGAGUUCGAAAGACGAGAGAGACGAAGGGUGGCUUCAAUUGGGUAUUGGAACCGGCCAUAUGGAAAGCAACAACAAGAAUAAUCUUCAAACUGCGACUGCAACUACGCCGACAACUACGAUGGAUCAAAGAAGAAGCUCGGGAGGAUUGGUGGAGCUGGAUCUGUUACCUGGAGCUGGAGGAGGAGGAUUACCAAGUUCAAGACAAUUAGCGAUAAGGUCUUCCUCAAUAGCUCCAAUGUUUCAUGUUCCUGAAAUAGUUCCUCAUCCUCAUCCUCCUCCUAGACCUUUUUCUAAUUUUACUACUACAUCUUUAUAUUUUCAACAACACCACCACCACCACCACCACAUGGCAAGUAGUAGCUCCAAUUUUCCUUCUCCUCAUCAUCAACAAGAGGUUAACUGGGCAUUUAGGCCGAUUCUUUCUCAUAAUAUAGGCACGGCUUCUACAUCAUCAUCAUCAGUAUCAUCUUCUUCUUCUUCGAUGCCGCCUCUUGGUGCAGGAGGAUCCUCCUCCUAUUUCGCAAGGCAGUUUCAGCUGCAACAAUCCGGAUUAAUGGAUGUUUCAGCUGCCGGGCCUAGCAUUGAUUUCAGAGUUGUUAGUCCUCCCAGGAGGCCUCACUCCGGCAUUUGGUUUAUGCUUCAAGCUUCUCAAAACCAAGCUAAACAACCAUUCUUGCCUCAAAUACCCAAGAACUACCUCAGAAUCAAGGAUGGAGGAAUGACAGUUCGAUUGCUAAUCAAGUAUCUGGUCAAUAAGCUCAGACUGGAUAGCGAAUCAGAGCAGAUAGAGAUAACAUGUAGAGGGCAACAGCUUCUACCAUUCUUGACGUUGCAGCAUGUAAGAGAUCACAUAUGGAGUCGAAGAGACGCAGUGUGUUUGCUUCCAGAUUCCCCAACCUCAACCUCAGAUCAUGUUAUGGUGCUCCAAUAUGCUAGGACCUCUGCUUAAGAACCCCACCUACCAUUUUCAUUUCCAAUUUUCCCCCCAUUAUUUCUUUUCCCAUAUGCUCCCAAUCCCACAUGUUGUAUCAUUGUUAAUUUAUAUAAACUCUCUUUUUUCUUUUUUGGCCAUUAUUCUUUUUUCUUUUUUCGUUUUUUUACUUUAACCGCGGGUUUUGUUAUUUUUAUCUCUUUUUCUUUUUCUUUUCUUUUUUUGUAUCAUCUUUCUAUCAAAUUCUCUAAUUGAUGGAGACUACAUAGUUGGGAAUGCACCCUGAAACAAUGUUUAUGUACGGGUGGUUUUGGGGUUAAAUUAAUAACUUAUAACCCAAAAAUUUGUAUCUCCAAGCUAAUUCAAUGAGGGCUUGAUGUUUCUUCGUUCUUACCAUUAAUUAUGUCAACAUAUGUAGCAACUCCUAUCCCAUCAAUGCUUAAUCUAACUUCCGACAUUUUACAUUUAUUGUUUUUUUUUUUUUUUAAAGAUGAAUUAUGUACUUCCAGAUACGAUAGAAAUGCUACCUUGGAUUAAGUUUCUGACUAUUUUUCUCAAAAAAAAAAAUAGUUUAUUUUAUUUUUGACUAUUUUAUCAUUAAGAAAAGAUUAUAUCAAAUUCUAGUGAAGAAUUUACUCAUAAUAAUGUACGUAGUAGCAAUUAAAGCUAUGUCCACCAUAUUCAAGGGAAUGAGCUUUUACGGGCCUAUACUUAGAACAAUUCCAAAAUAUGAUCUUGAAUCAACUUUUUACAGUAACUUCACAUAAUAUUUGUGUAUGACGAAAGUUUCUUCCAAUAAUGAAUUUCAAUCUGAUCCGAUAAAAAAAAAGAAAAAAAAGGGCCAAAAAAGAUGAACUUACCAAAUUACCCCCGGUUUCCGUUUUGAUCUACAGGUAGUGGGCUGCAGCUUUUAGUCUUCACCAUAGCUUCUUUUAGGUGUAUAUAGAAGACUGGAUCACGGAAUUAUUGGGCUACCAAAUCCAAAAUAGAACUCGAUCUGAGACUAGGCAUCCAAUGGGAUGGGACUUUCGACCCAAUAAUAUUUCUACAACUGCAAUUGCAUAAUCAUUUUUCAAUAGACUUUUUUUUUUUUUUUCAAACAAUCAUUUUUCAAUAGACUUAAAAGCCGCACGAUGAACAAAAUUAAUCAUUCAAGACACUACUAGAAACACCGAUUAGACCGAAUGCUGCCGAAAGAGUCUUUAAUUCAUUUAAGACUCUUCCGUACUGUCAAAUCACUGGCCAGUCAAACUCCUUUUUUCCUUUCAAAAGAGAUCAACAAGAAUCCAUAUCAUGUCUAUCCAUUAUGAAAUUAGGAUUAUCUUUCAAUACCAUGUUAAGGAUUCACGACAGUCUUACUUGCCAUUUUACCCACCAAAAAAAAA